UAGGAAUGCGAUCAGCAAGACUCAAGAAAACUUCCUGAACAGCGCAAUUUCAGCCAACUCUGCUUUUGUUUCCUUGUCUCAUCACCAUCACACACCUGUAAAUGAAGGAGGAGUCCAGACAAGCAGGCAUGAAAUAAAAAGUGCCAGCGGGUUAAAGGAUGCAGUGAAGCUGCUGCGAGUCGACAUAAAGAGCUCAACAUGGCGAACUGCAUUGUCAACUACGGCUUUUCAUCUUUCAUACUGUUUGUGUGGAUGGCCAUCAACAUCUUCCUUUUUGUGUGGUUUUAUUUCUUCUACGACUUGGGGCCGCAGUUCUUCUACACGCGUCAUAUUUUAGGGUCUGCCUUGGCUUGGGCCAGAGCUCCUGCAGCUGUCCUCAACUUCAACUGCAUGCUCAUCCUCCUCCCGGUGUGCAGGAACCUGCUGUCUCUGCUCCGGGGCUCCUUUGUGCGUUGCAGCAGAACAAUGAGGAAACAGUUGGACAAGAAUUUGACUUUCCACAAGCUGGUGGCAUACAUGAUCGCUCUGAUGACAGCUGUUCAUACGAUCGCCCAUUUGUUCAACCUGGAGCGGUACAACAACAGUAGACAAGGUGUUUACGACGAGCUCAGCACCGCUCUGUCCGAUCUGGCUGACACGGAAAACACCACCUACCUGAAUCCAAUCCGUAUAACCAACCUUGAUCCUCAGCAGAUUCCCACCUACUUUGGUUUCACCUCCAUCGCCGGCCUCACUGGUGUCGUCAUCACUCUUGCGCUCAUCCUCAUCAUCACCUCCUCCAUGGAGGUCAUCAGACGCAGCUACUUCGAAGUGUUCUGGUACACGCACCACCUCUUCAUCAUCUUCUUCGCUGGUCUUGUCUUCCACGGAGCCGGGCGCAUUGUGAGGAGUCAGCAGAGGACAAAUCCACCACACAACACAACUUUUUGUAAAGAUCACCCUGAUGACUGGGGACAGAUUCCUGAGUGUCCCAUCCCUCAGUUUGCAGGAGGGUUUCCACAGACCUGGAUGUAUGUGAUUGGCCCGAUGGUUAUCUAUAUCUGCGAGCGCCUGGUGCGUUUCGUUCGUUACAUGCAGUCAGUCCAAUACAAGAAGAUUGUCAUGCGACCCUCUAAAGUGCUGGAGCUGCAGCUGAUAAAGAAUGGUUUCAAAAUGGAGGUGGGUCAGUACGUCUUCGUCAACUGCCCAGCCAUCUCACAGCUGGAGUGGCACCCGUUCACCAUGACUUCUGCGCCUGAGGAAGAUUUCUUCAGCAUUCACAUCCGCUCGGCUGGCGACUGGACCGACAAACUCAUCGAUAUCAUGAAGAAGGUACCAGAGGGAGCAGAGGGACCCAAGUUGGGCGUGGAUGGACCUUUCGGCACAGCCAGCGAGGAUGUGUUCGACUACGAGGUCAGCAUGCUGAUCGGUGCCGGCAUCGGCGUCACUCCAUUUGCCUCCAUCCUCAAAUCCAUCUGGUACAAGUUCAAAGACUCUGAUCCUAAACUGCGCACCAGGAAGAUUUAUUUCUACUGGCUGUGCCGGGAAACACACGCCUUCGAGUGGUUUGCUGACCUUCUACAGGUGCUGGAGAAAGAGAUGGAGGAGAGAGGCAUGGGGGAUUUCCUCACCUAUAAACUCUACUUGACUGGAUGGGAUCAGAGCCACGCUACUCAUGUUAUGGUUCACUUUGAUAAGGACACCGAUGUGGUCACUGGGCUCAAACAGAAGACUCACUAUGGCCGGCCCAUCUGGGACAAGGAGUUUGAACAAGUCCGCAAAGAGAACCCGACGUCCAUUGUGGGAACUUUCUUGUGCGGCCCUGAAGCUCUGGGGAAAGUCCUGGAGAAGAAAUGUGCCAAAUACUCAGACGUGGAUCCUCGCAAGACCAGAUUUUACUUCAACAAGGAGAAUUUCUAAGCAAAAAAAAAAAAAAUAAGUAAACGAGAGAAAAACAGGAAGUGCACAUUGACAUAUUUUAAAGGAUAACAAUCAGUUGUUUGUCUCACUUCAGAGGAGAAAUGCCAAAACAUCGAGGAAAACCAGUGUAACAGGAGGAGUGUUUACAAACCUUCCUCAUCUACUCUGAAGGGAGUACAGAGGCAUGGUGGGUCAUUUUAAUCAGUGGUGCUCAGGGAUUUGCCCCAUUUUUUUUCCAUUGUGAAGUAAGGAAUCAAUGAGGCUACAUAUAUAUAUAUUAUAUAUGUAUAUAUAUUUGUGUCAUAUUAGGCUGCAUUAUUGUAGUACUUGACUAAAGUUACAGGGACGAUUUAUGCUAUUUGUAAUACAUGAAUCUUGGUUCUUACAUUUACUGACUAUGAAGGUGUUGACAGAAGAUGUGAAAAACUUUUACUUUACAAAAUACUCACAAAUGAAGUGAGUAUAUAUUUAGGAUUCAUUAUGACCUAUAAUCGUAUAUCUUCCACUCAAGACAACUGAUUACACAGCUGAUGCACUGUUUCUACUGUAUAUAACCCAUUGUUGUUUGAAUGCAUGCAAUUAUUAUUUUUUUUUCUUGGCAAGAGUUUCUAAACAGGAAACAGGUUUACUGGAAAAAUAUGAUCCGCAAUUACGACCUCCUGUAUUCUCGAGCGUUUCCUUAUCAGAAAAAUGUUAAAGAUAAAACCAUGCCAGUCAUUUAGUUAGUGCCUAAUGGUCCUCUAAAGGUGUGGCAGAAAAGAAUUUACCUGCCGUUUUUCUUGUAAAUAUUUCUUUUGAAUAAAAUAAAGGCAAUUGGUG